UUAACAAUUUAAAACAUGAUUUAUUACAUAGACAAAUAUCUUAAAUAGUGAAAUCUUAAUAUCCAAAUGAAAUAAAUAAUAAUAAUAAAAAAAUAAAAUAACCAAAUGUCCAAACACACCCUUAAUUAAAUCCAAAAAAAAAAAAAACUGAAAAUCCACACACAAAAAGAAAACCAAAACUUUCUCUCUCUUUCCUUCUCCAUAGAUCCACCAUUGUUGACCUCACUCCAAACCUUCAAACCCUCACAUGGCGAAACCCCACCCUCCACACCGCCCACCUUCCCGUUCCGGCCGUACAAACCUAGCAUCUUGCAUUGUAGCCCUAAUCUUCCUAAUCUUCAUCAUAAUCAUCGCUCUCAUAGUCUACUUCACCGUCUUCAAACCCAAAGACCCCAAAAUCUCCGUCAACGCAAUCCAACUCCCAUCUUUCUCCGUCACUAACGCCACCGUUAACUUCACCUUCGCUCAAUACGUCGCCGUUCGAAACCCUAACAAAUCUUCCUUCACUCACUACGACAGCUCUCUCCAGCUUCUCUACUCAGGUAAUCAAGUAGGGUUUAUGUUCAUCCCCGCCGGAAAGAUCGACGCUGAUCAGACUCAGUUCAUGGCCGCCACGUUUGCCGUUCAAUCGUUCCCGAUUUCGCCGCCUCAACAGUCCGGAAUCGGAGCGAACAUGUUAUCGGGUUCGGAUUCGGACUCUGUGCCCGGAAUGGGUAUGGGUUUGGGUCUCGGACCACAGCUCGGUAAUGGAUUUGGCGGCGGAAACCGUGGCGGAGCAAGUAUGGAGAUCGAAUCGAAGAUCGAAAUGGCGGGUCGGGUUCGGGUCUUGCAUUUCUUCACUCACCAUGUUGAAGCUAAGAUUGAAUGUAAGGUUUCCAUUGCUAUGAGUGAUGGGUCUGUUUUGGGGUUUCAUUGCUAAUGAUAAUUAGUUAAUUAAUUAAUUAAUUAAUUGAUUGAUUAAGUAAUUAAUUGAUUAAUUAAUUAAUUGAUACCCAAUUAAUUUUUUAGUUUUUGUAAGUUUUAUAUGUUAGUUUUUGGGAGAUUUGGUGAGUUGGGUUUUGUUAACUCAAGUUAAUGAAUGUAUCAUGUUAAGUGUAUAAAUUAGUAAACUUUUUAUUUGAUGAUUAAUGAUUAAUGAUUGAUGAUAAUCAAACCAAA